UUAUGCUUCCUCUCUGUACAAAAUGUAGAAGUCCAUGUUUUGUACACUGCAACACCAAAUCUGGCAUCAAACCGACACUCUUCAAAUCCAUUCAUUACUUGGACUUUCUGACUGCAUGGAUUUUGGACAUGUACCCUGAAGUUCCUGAAUUACUGUUUUUUAGCCACACAUAGCUUUAGAUUAGAAGUGUGAUCAGUGUGAAAGAAACAUCCGUUUACAGAACUGAGUACUUCCUGCUACUUUGUAUAAAGUGGUAGUCAGAACAACAAACACGCGCCGCACAGCAGCACCUGGGCCCUCGUCAGCUUUCCAUCAGUGAGCAGUGCCGUUACAGUCAGCAUGUUAGUGCUACGAAGAUGUUCUCAGGGAGAGGCUGAAAUGAGCUGAACUCAGUUUUUAGCAGAUUUGUAUCCUCACAUCCUACCCUCUGCUUCACCAGCAGCAAGAUCUUUUAAACAAACAAUAAUGCAACUCAGUAUGAAGAUAUAUCUGGCUCUGCUAUGGGGAAUAUCUAUCUGGUUUUCUAUAGAGUCCAUGAGUGCCUCCAUCCCAGAAACCAGCAGCGUUAAAUCAACUGCUGAACCCGACAGGACAACAAAGCAGGUGAUCAGUCCACAUGAAGCUCAUGCUGAAACAGAGACGCAGCCAACUCACAAGCCAGCAGAAGUUAAUGCUGCUGAAACAGCGCAGAAAACGUCGACAGCCACAGUGGGAAAGGAAGAGCCAAAUGUCACUUACAGUAGUGACAGCCCAAAUGACAGCACGGUUGAUUUGGUUGCCAUGAACACUGCGGCAGCAACAGCAAGCAGCUCGGGUCCAAGGUGGUUUCCAACCACCACAGCAGUGAUCACAAUUGCAAGUGAAGCACAACCUUCCCACAACACGAUGAUCUCAGAACCUGUAAAACCUACUGAGGAGAAGUUACAUCAACGAUCAAGCACCACUUCUACUGAUAUGACUGCUCCUGUGACAACUCCCGCGACAACUUCUGCAACAACUCCUGCCACAACUAAUGCAACAACUCCUGCGACAACUCCUGUGACAACAUCUGCAACAAUUCCUGUGACAACUCCUGCAGCAUCCUUAGCAACAGUGGCCACGUCUUUGCCGCAGUAUACCUCCACCACUAAACCUGAAGUUACAUCCACGUUAUCUUCCACAACCUCUCCUGCUGAUUCAACUCAGGCUCCAGUCUUCAUCCAGAACUUCACCAGUCCAUCAGCUUCUACCACGACCACAAUGACAGCGAAGCCUACCUCUGACUCCACUUCUUUGCCAGUCACAGUGAGUGAGACAUCCACCACCAGCACUGAGCUUUCAUCAACACACCGGCCCGUUUCCGUGACGAGAAGCCACAUCUCCACAUCACAGUUUGCUGACACAGCAAGGUCGAGCUCUACCGCUGAGCUUCCCACAACCUCAUUCUCAACCGAUUCUGCCAUCUCCACCACUGCCGCUAUCUCCUCCAGUACUGCAGGAAUCUUGGUCCCUCGGGGAACCAAGAGGCGGCCAAUCCCAACAACCAAAUCAACUUUGCCUACUACGUCAACACCUUGUGAAGUCCCAAAGAGUCCACCCAGCACUGAGGUCCAGCCCUGCUCCACCUGGAGCGUGAAGAAGCAGUGCCUCAUCGCUAUUGCCUCCCUGGCUGCGUUGGCCACCAUCUUCAUGGUUUCUACCAUUGUCCUCUGUGCAAAGCUGUCAACAAGGAAGUACAAGGUCAAGAAACCUAAGCAGGCCACAGAGAUGAUGUGCAUCUCGGCCCUGCUGCCUGAAAGGAAUUGCACCUACACAAGACAACGCAGUCCAGUGACUAAUGGGGUCCUGGUGAUCCAUGGUGGUGGAGACAGCGAUGAGGAUGUAGGAGACAACCUCACUCUGAGUAGCUUCCUUCCAGAAAAUGACCGUUUUGUUUAGAUGGAAUUAUUUUUAUUGUCACGUACAUGCUUUCAUCAGACUGGACUGGUUUGUCUCAUGUCAGUGACGUGAAAACAGUUGCUGAUUGGAUCAACUCAUGCUUCCUCUUUGAUGUUGGUGGUUUGGCUUCGAUGCACACCAUAUUCCUGUGGAGGAAGAGACAGAGAAACCACAAAGUGUAACAGUGACUUUCAUUUUCACAUACCAUUAAUCGUAUCUGGCAUUUGGUGAGGUCAUGUCGUCAAAUGUGUAUUUUAGGCGAGGGUUUUUGCAUAAUUUUACACUUGAGUCAGGAAGUCAAGAUGAGUGUUCAAAGAUUUUUUUGUGUCUGACAUCCUGAGCAGAGCACUGAAGGUAUUUCACUUAGCGACGGGAGACAGGAAGGCUUGUUUUGUCAAAGGAUUACUGUUCUUCACAGACACUGUUCAGUUUAGUGGUAGCAGUGAGGCUUAAUCGCAUGAAUGCUGUCCACUGAUCAAUCAAAAGUCUGUUAUGGCCCAAUAAUUAUUGGUAAGAACUAAGUGACAGCAAGAAGGCUGUGGGUUUGAGAGUUGUUAGCUUCUGUGUGCCCUAUGAUGGACUAGGUUAGCCCCCGCAUCCCUGCAAAAGUGGGAUGAGCAGGUAUGGAAGAUGGAUGGAUGAACUAUGUGAUUUGGGACUAACUUAAUAGAAACAAUUUAGUUAAAGUUAGUUAUGUUAUGUUUUGCUUAUUUGGCAGAUUACCAGUUGAAAACAUUGAGUGUUUUUGCCUAUAAUUACUGCCAACACCGUGUUAGGAAAUUAAGAUAAGGGAUUACCAAAGUUUUACUUGCUUGUUCCUUCAAACAGACAGCUGUUCACUCUGGCAUUUAAAAUAAGAACAUGAAUUUGAAUUUUGAAUUUGAAUUUAUUUCAGGAUAACCCCUAGAGAUGUAUCAUCUCAUUUUGGAGGGGGUCCUGCAACAUGUAUGUAUGUACAGACACAUAAGUUAACCACACAGUACAUAUACAUAAACAAAUUCAAUACAUAGACAUAUAUACAAAACAAUAACUCACGCACCUUACCCCCACAUUUAACACAGCAAACAAAAUAAAGUACAUUGACAAAAUAAUCAGCAGAAUGCAUUGAACAACUAAUAAGUCGUUUAUCAAUAUGCCUUAUGACAAAUGUAACAAAGUCACAUCUCUCAUGGAAAAGUCAAAUAAAGUAAUAAUAAUAAUAAUAAAGUAAAAUCAAGAUAAAGAAAGUCAUGAUUGUGUACAUACUACUGUAUAUUUUCCACAUAAACCUUUUAUAUGUAAUACCAUUUGUACCCCUAAUACCAAGAAUAGUUUUAAGAAAAGAAAAAAGUGAUGAUUUGAAUAAACCAAACAUGAUAACAGAUCUCAAGAAAAGAGAAAGGUUAUUCACGUCUGGAGGGGCCUUAUACUGAAAUGCUCUCCUACCAGCCACAGAAAAUAACCUUGGUACCAUAAAAAAUGUUGGACGUUGGAGGUGUCUAAGUGAGUAUGUUGAGCAAUAAUGAAUUAAAUACUGUUUAAGGUAUGCAGGACAAUUGGUAUAAACAAAUUUAAAGAUAAACAGAAUCCAGUGGUAUUCCCUAUGUGGUUUAGGUUGCAACCAUUUAGUGAGUCAUUCAUAAAACAAUGAUGGACAGUUCAAAAUAAAUCUGCAAAGGGAAUUUAAUACAGCAUUAAGGGGUCUAAGAUUAGACUCUGAGGUAUUAGGGUAAACUAUGUCUGCAUAAUCAAUGAUUGGUAUUACCAGUUGAUAAAUAAAAAAAUUUCCAACUUGAGUUGAAAAACAAUUGAUCGAUCUGUAGAGAGUGCCAAGACAGCCAUGUACUUUCCUAAUGAUAUUGUCAAUGUGUAUCUUGAAGGUGAGGUUGGGGUCCAACCAGGGGCCCAAAUAUUUAAAUUCUCCCACAUUCUGCAUAAGGGACCUGUUUAAAACUUUAUUUCAAAACACGAAGCACAUUGGCAAUUUUGUAUUGUGGAAAACACCAUACAGGACAGUUUAUUACUGAACAGCCACUGUUGUACUUUAUCAAAGUCAGAUGUUCUGAGUAAUUUCAGAUAAACAUUGUAGUGUUCAGACAGUGAAACCAAUCAAGACAACAGGGUUCUGUUUCUUGUAUUAAAAGCAGACUUUUUGUUUCA